AUGGCACCUAGAAAGUUUUUCGUUGGUGGAAACUUCAAGAUGAACGGGACUCUAGAGUCACUUCAACAGCUUGUCAAAAGCUUCAACGAUGCCGAUCUGGACCCCAACGCAGAGGUCGUCAUCGCCCCACCGGCGCUCUACCUGAUGCCUGUAAGAGACACCGCCAAAAAGAACAUCCAAGUCGCCGCUCAGAAUGGAUAUCUCGAAAAAUCUGGAGCCUUUACCGGUGAGAUCUCGUUCACUCAGCUUAUUGAUGCCAAGAUUCCAUGGGUGAUCCUGGGCCAUUCCGAGCGUCGAAGCUUGUUCCACGAAGACUCUGAAUUUGUUGGCGCGAAGACGGGAGCGGCGUUGGCUGCGAAUCUGUCGGUGAUUGCAUGCAUCGGAGAAAGCUUGUCCGAGCGUGAGGCAGACAAGACCCUCGCGGUGGUCGAGAGUCAGCUUGAAGGGAUCAAGAACGGGCUCGCCAAACACGGCCAAUCCUGGGACCGAGUCGUGGUUGCCUACGAGCCCGUCUGGGCUAUUGGGACCGGCAAAGUAGCUACUCCUCAACAAGCUCAAGAGGUUCACAAAGCUAUCCGAGAAUGGUUUAAGAAAAACGUGGAUGCCAAGACCUCGGAAUCUAUCCGUAUCAUCUAUGGUGGAAGUGUCAACGGCAAAAACUGCGAGGAACUAGCCCGUGAGGUCGACAUUGACGGCUUCUUGGUCGGUGGAGCUUCCCUGAAGCCCGAGUUCGUUCAAAUCAUCAACUCCGGAAAAUCCAAAUUAUAG